AUGCUCGAGCUGGACAGCGCGGCCGCCGAGACGACGCUGGUCAGCAUCGCCAUGCACGUCUUCUUCUACAUCGCGUCGCAGCCACAGCCGCGCCCGCGCACCUGGGUCGCCAACGCAUCCCGCAAGCUGCCCAACAUGCUGCUCCGCGACGCCGCCAGGCUGUUCCCGCGGUGCCGCCACGCACUCGGUCCCGCCGUCACGGUGGACACGUUCAAGGAGCGCCUGAAGGGCUGGCGGCGGAUUGGUGGCGGGUACUGCUUCAUCGCCAGGCAGCUGGGGCUGGGGUCGUUGGUGCACGUCAUGGACCACAUCCCCCCCCCCCCCCCGCGCAUGGGGGGCUGCACAAAGGGCCACGAGCGCUUCACGCCCGGCAUCGACGCCGCCGCCGACCGCAGCGCCCACGGCAGUCCCUCGUCGCGCGCCUUCGCCCACCUGCACUCCCUCCACCUCCCACGCUUUGCACGCGAGUCUGGCGCCGACGACAAGAUGCACGAUUUGCUGUGGGCUGUGGGCUGUGUUCGGGCUGCUGCCGGGCUUUGGUGCUCGCAGCGACGGAGAACGGUUCCCCGGGUUCGAGCGUGUCGAGUAGAGGAUACGAGGAGGAUGGGGUAUCACAACACAUGGGCAUACCGCUGGUUCUGGAUACUAUGUCAUUGGGGUUGCUGGAUCAGGACAAUACGAGGAUGGGUGGCUAGAUCAGAGUAACCCACCGUCAUGCAGUGGGCCAUGUGCUUCCUCCCAGUAGCCUAUCUAGCUAGCCAGCCAUCUCAACCAAGCCAAUCCAUCCUCCAUCCUCCAUCCUCCAUCCAUCCACACACGCAACCUCAUCUCCCAAACCACCCACCCCCCUUCCCCUGCC